CUUGUCCACAUUUACAAAAUAAUAAUGUUACAGUGUAGUAGCAGUGUUAUGCUGUUUAGAGAAGCUGAAAGCAUUAGGUUUUGAACAGGUGUCGCCAUGUCAAAGCAGACGACCGGAAAGACUUUGCUGAGGAAUGUAAUCCGCCAAACAGACGCCCUCAAUAAGAUCCAGGAGGAGUCAGAAAUGUGGAAAAUGCGAGGCCGGGAAGUCCAAAGGUCCCACAGCAAACAUUUAUCAGAGUGUGUCAGGGGGGAUAUGCACUGCGAUCGAGAGCUAGAUCAACCUAGAGACCUGAAUCGAAGCAAAGAGCGAAUCUCAGAACAUGAUGACAGAGACACUCGAUACUGGACUCGCAAACUGUAUGAAUUUGAGGCAAAUGAUCCUGACAGGUGGGGACAUAGUGGCUUCAAGGAGCUUUAUCCCGAGGAGUUUGACAGUGACAAUGAAAAAAACAGCACCUCAAAGAAGACUGGGUGCCAUAAAAUGAAAAAGUCCAAGUCUGACACAGAAGCAAGUUUAGUGAAGCGCUCCAAAAAAACAACUCGAAAGAAGAAAAAGAAGAAGAAGAAGAAAGACGUGGAAGAGAAGAGAAAGAAAGCUAAGUGCCUAAGCAGCGGUGACAGCAGUGAUGACAGCAGUGCUACCAGGGCCAAGCAGAGGAGGAGGAGGACUAAAGGUCGACAUAAAAACAAGAAACCUGUGAAAAUCAGAGAGAGAGCAGAGGACAGCAGCUCAGUAGACAGUGAUGAUGACGGUGGAGAAAGGGAGAGAAGGACUCACAGAGGCAAAAAGCGAAAGCAGGAUCCCCACAAAGACUCAGACUCAGGGCAGGACUCAAAAAAGAAGAGGAGGAAAAAUUGGAAAGCAGCAGGUGAGGAGAGCUCAGAUGACAGUUCUGCAGAGUGAGAUGCUCGGAUGCAGACAAACCCGCAGCUCAGGUAGCGACCAUAGGAGCUAUUGCAGGGUCCUUUGUUCACCUUAACUGCACAGAGAGCUGGUGUGUACAUUAACAAACCUGUGCUGUCAGUGAAGCAAUACCUCAUGACCUCUACGGUGCUUGAAACACAUUGCACAGCAGUAUAAGCAGCAUGACAAAGCCUGGUGGGCAGUCCACCACCUGGCUCAUGAAGACUUCUGUCAGCUGCAGGCUCACUCUGACUGAGACCAGUUUUUUAUUAAGACAAGAAGAGUGUGAUCAUGCAGCUGAUGACAGAAUGUGUGUUUCCUGUUUAUUUUGUAAAUUUUAAUAUUUGUAUGCCACAUUGUCACAGCUAAAAAGAUAUAAAAAAAAUAUAAAUAAUGCUUAAAAAUAUCUAUUUUGCUGUAUUUCUAAAUGAUUUUGUUACAAAAUUAAAGCAGAAAAUACAUUUUUAAAAGGAUAAGUGUGAGAUUCUAUCAUUUUUCUUCCAGUCUAUGAAAAAGUCUAAACCCAACAGUGAAUUUAUCUGACUAGUAUUGUCUGUGUAGUCAAAGCUCGAUGUAACUUAGGGUCUGUAUGAAAAUUACACUUACAGUUUUUCUGUCUUUAUUUUAUGGUUGCCCUUUAAUUAAUGUUCUCCUAACCUUUGCAGUGCAGUUAACAGUUGCAUAAAUAAAGACAUCUCCCACUUAUACCGUCAUCACACCAGUGUAGUUUGCCAUAUGUGGACGAUGAGUUCUACCUGCAUUUA